AUGGGGAGUUCGAGUUACAGAAUAUGUGUGUGCUUCACGCGGAAGUUUAAGGUGGCGGAGGUGGAACCGCCGGCCGACGUGAAGGAGGCGUUCAGGAAGUAUUCCGAUGGCGGGACCCACAUGAAUCCCGAGCAGCUCCGGCGGUUCCUGGUGGAGGAACAGGCGGAGAAUGACGUCACGGUGGCCGACGCCGAGGCGAUUGCUCAGCAGAUCCUUCAGAAGAGGCAUCACCACCUUGCUAAGUUCACCCGCCAUAACCAUCUCACCCUUGAGGAUUUCUUCCAUUUCUUAUUUGCCGUUGACUUGAAUCCGCCUAUUCAUUCUAAGGUUCACCAAGAUAUGAAUGCUCCUCUUUCCCAUUAUUUUAUAUUCACUGGGCACAACUCCUACUUGACUGGGAACCAGCUUACCAGUGACUGCAGUGAUGUUCCUAUCAUUAAGGCCUUGAAGAAAGGUGUCAGGGUCAUAGAACUUGAUAUAUGGCCGAAUUCUUCUAAGGAUGAUGUGCAUGUUCUUCACGGAAGAACUGUUACUGCUCCUGUUGAACUGAUAAAAUGUUUGAGGUCCAUAAAGGAGCAUGCCUUUGAGGCGUCUCCAUACCCUGUCGUUAUAACCCUUGAAGAUCACCUUCCAGCUGACCUUCAGGCUAAAGUAGCACAGAUGCUGACCAAAACAUUUGGAGAUAUGCUCUUUCAUCCUGAUCCUGAAUCCAAUUGCUUAAAAGAGUUUCCUUCACCAGAAGAACUUAAAUAUAGAGUUAUUAUUUCAACCAAACCUCCUAAAGAGUAUCUUCAAGCUAAAACUUUUGAUGACAAGCAAAGCUCACAAAGGGAAAAGGAUUCUGAUGAAGAUGUUUGGGGUAAAGAGCCUUCAAGCCUCACUGCUGAUGAAGAAAAUGACAAGUCUUUCAAUGGUAAAGGUGAUAACAACCAGGAUGAUGAAUCUGAUGAUGAGUCUGAUCUAAAACCACAGCAAGCACCAGUUUACAAGAGCCUGAUUGCUAUUCAUGCCGGGAAGCCAAAAGGAGGUUUAGUGGAGGCCUUAAGAGUAGAUCCGGAUAAAGUGAGACGGCUGAGUUUGAGUGAACAGGCUCUUGAAAAGGCUGCUGAAACUCAUGGAAUGGAUGUUGUGAGGUUCACCCAGAAAAAUAUUCUCCGGGUGUAUCCCAAAGGUACUCGAUUUAACUCCUCAAAUUACAAGCCGCUGAUUGGGUGGAUGCAUGGAGCUCAAAUGGUUGCAUUUAACAUGCAGGGCUAUGGUAGAUCACUUUGGUUGAUGCAAGGAAUGUUCAGAUCGAAUGGGGGUUGUGGUUAUGUGAAAAAGCCUGAUUUCUUGAUGAAAAUGGGUCCCCACGGUCAGGUCUUCAAUCCUAGAGAUAAGUUGCCUGUGAAGAAAACUUUGAAGGUUAAAGUCUACAUGGGAGACGGUUGGCAUUUGGAUUUUAAGCAAACUCACUUCGAUAUGUAUUCUCCACCCGAUUUCUACACUAGGGUGGGUAUAUCCGGAGUGCCUGCUGAUACAGUAAUGAAGAAAACCAAGACAAAAGAGGAUAAGUGGACCCCUGUCUGGGAGGAAGAAUUCACCUUCCCAUUGACUGUUCCUGAGCUAGCUUUGCUCCGAAUCGAAGUGCAUGAGUAUGACAUGUCUGAGAAGGAUGAUUUUGCUGGCCAAAACUGCCUACCAGUCUCGGAAUUGAGGCCAGGGAUCCAUGCAGUUCCACUCUGUAAUCAAAAAGGAGAGCAAUACCCCUCCGUGAGGCUUUUGAUGCGCUUUGAGUUUGUGUAG